GCAAAAGGAAGCGUCGCAAAGUACCAACGCAGAAUCUGCCAACGAAAGAUGCAGCACAUGCACCGUCUACUGAUGAGAUUGUUCCGAAUGCUGACACUCCACCAGCAGCUGCAAUGGAUGAGCACUCGAAAGAAGAGCUGAACGUUUCGAGUGAAGAGCACAAAAAACUGUCAGAUUCUGCUGAAAAUGCAAAAGAAACAGAAUCUGAUAGGCAUUUGUCAGCCACAAUCUCAGCAGAAACCGAUGUGACAGCGGUUGAAACGAAAGGCAACGAAAUUCUGCCGAAAAUUGUCGAUGACAAUUCGAUACCAGUCGAAACAACUCCAGUGAGCAUAGGCGAAGCAACAUCAGAAAGCGGAGGUGCAUUCGCAAUGAAGUGUUCAUUUGAAACGAUGUUUUCUACUUGUCAAUAG